UUUUUUCAGCAAGCAACUCCAUGCUGCCGCGUUGCAACCGUAGCGUCGUCGCGCACGACAUUUCAUCCCUACCGUAGACCGACGACAAAUCAUGAUGAUUUAGUUCCGCAGCCAUCAUUAUUCGCAUCAAAAAGAACAUCACUUCCAGCAUUCUUCCUGUCUGACUUCCAAGAAAUCCCACAAGAUGAGCUGGUGUUGGACCAAGAGGACUGCGCAGAAGACCCACCUUCUGACCCGGACGACAGCAUCGGUGCAGUGGACGGUGAUCGUUAA